AUGAGUAAUAGAUCUCGAAAAAUUAUUGAUUUAGUUACUAAAAAAUAUGACCAUUGUAAAAGUGGACAAGAAAAUAUUCUAGAAAUUAGUGAUGUUGUCCAGAAUGCAACGGAAAGAGAUUCACCUUUACCUCCAGGUGCAAAUUUCACCCAAGAACAGUUAUCAAUUCUGGAUGACAUUGAUAUUAUGGAAGACACAGACACCUUAUUUCAAGAUCUGCCAUCAAACUCUUCUAUUUUUCCGAGUGAUGCUGCUGAAUUUUCACCAGUUUCUAACAAUGAAAACUGUACUGAAGUAAGAAUUAUGCAAGCUACUUAUUUAACAUCACCAAGUUGUGAAAAAAGACACGAUGAUACUCCAAUACCAUCACCUUACGCUGAUUUUUAUCCUAUACAUUUGUGCGAUGAUACCCUGUCUAUUGAAAGUCCUAUAUCGACAUCGACACCUACUAUUAAUGAUAACGACACAGAUUCUUCAAUGACAACUCCAACUUGUCGAAGCCACAAACGCAUUUCGGCCACUAAAAAAGACAAAGGAAGACAGAGAGAACGCUUUUCAAAGGAGUGGAAAGAUGAGAUAAGAAAAAGGAACGUUAACAGAGGUUUACAAUAUAUCAGCAGAAAUGGAAAAGUGCAUAAUAAAAAACAGCCAAAACCUUCAUGUCCAACCACAUGCAGAAAGAAGUGCAAUGAAAAAAUAUCAGAAAGUAAAAGAGCAAAGAUAUUUAGCAUGUUUUGGGACAUUGGCGAUCAUUCCAGACAGUGGGAUUUUUUGACAAAAUAUGCAACUAAGAAUGGAAAGAAGAGAUUAACAACAGACCAUGAAAAUACAAAAAGAUUGAGUACAAUAUCUUAUACUUUACCUAUUUAUGAAGCCGACAACGUGACUAUCAACAAAAUUCCUGUCUGUAAAACCAUGUUCUUAAAUACUCUAUCAAUAAGUUUCAAUUUCCUAUAUACAGCUUUACGUAAACAUGAAAAGGGGCAUGGCGUGGUUGAGUCCGAUAAGAGAGGAAAGCAUGGUCAACACAUAAAAAAACUUACCGAAGAUAUGAAAAAAAGUGUACUUGACCAUGUUGGAAGUUUCCCACUUGUGGAAUCUCAUUACACACGUAAAGAAUCAACUAAAAUGUAUCUUGACGGAUCUUUAUCAUUCCCUAAAAUGUACUCGUUGUAUGAAGAAUGGUUUGAUUCAACUAAGUACACAGAUAAGGUGACUAGCGUGCGACAAUAUCGUGACAUUAUCAACAAAAAUUUAAAUAUUAGUUUCCACAAACCAAAAAAAGAUACCUGUGAAGAAUGUCACAUAUUUGAAAAUAACAAAGAAAAGACAGAAAAGGAUAUAGAAAAACAGACAAAGCAUCUAACAUUAAAAGAUUUAGCCAGAAAAUUAAAAACAGAAGACAAAGACUCAGCACAGCAGAACCCUGAAAUACUUACAGCAGCCUAUGAUCUCCAAAAGUGCUUGAAUGAUCUCGACAGGGUUAUUGCUUUUCCUGGCACCAACAGACAGCUAAAAGAGGAGCAAAUGAAAUUGCUAGCUGUGUUUAUCAAUUUAUCGAAAACACAGUCAAAGAAGGCAAAAAAGAUUACCGAUUCUGGUCUGAUAACUGCGGUGGUCAAAACAGGAACAGGAUCGUUUUUCUGA